AUGAAUGGAAUGUCUCAUGCGAUCACUUCGGGUCCAAGCAUCGACAAGGACCAGGAGCCAGCCGGCGCCAGUCCUAGAGGCAUCCGCACCACGAUAUUAAUCGUCAUAUUAAUAUCAGGAACAUUUGCCACCAUCUUGUUUAUAAUUAUCGUGUUAAAGAGUACACCCACUCCAAAGGGCGUGGCAUCCGGACUCUGUACAAGUACGGAGUGCCACGAACUGGCGGUAGCCCUCGAAGCGAGCAGGAACCAACUCGCCGACCCAUGCGACGACUUCUACGAGUUCGUAUGCGGCAACUACACCAACCCCAACGGCAGCGUGUUCCAACAAAUGGAGGAGGCGAUUCUCCGCACCGCAAGCGAGAAACUCGGCAAGGCAGGGGAGCACCGAUCUCGGCAGCAGGACGUUAUCGGGUACACGCUCGAAAAGUUACACCGGUCCUGCAUGCGGGUCUCCACGUCGGACAACUCGGGAGCCAUCAAGCUAUUCAUGGACUCCCUGCAACUGGGAUUAGACGAGAACAUGACCCUUUGUACAUUAAGGAGGGCAUUCUCGCUUUCAUUCGAAUAUAAACUUGAAACGCAGUUCUCAGUGGAAUUGAUGAACGUGAGACCAGAAUCUAAUCAGUCGUUUUAUGCUGUCGGAUUCAAUCCGCGCUACACCGAGAUGUUAUCAAAGAGAAAGGAACAGAGCAUAUUUGAAAAGGUCGCACUGAUGGACGCUAGCCUCGAAGCCUACGCAAGCAUAUCUCCAGACGCCAAGAGAGACCUAAUUCUGCGCAUUUUGGAUGUGGAGCACACGGUCAAGGUUUUGUUCACCAGAUAUUCGAACCUCAAACCUGGUGAUACAAUCAUGGUCCCAAUUAACCUCGAAGACUUGAACACGCAGUACAACGGAUCUCCAUCCCUGGUCCAAUAUAUUCGCGAGCUUCUAGGCAAAAUCGGCUACAAGGGUCUGACUUUCAUCACUGCCUGGGACGUGCUUCGUUCCCUUGCCCCAAUGGGUUCAAGCAAGGCUGCUUCACUGACACUAGAAAGCGAUCGGCCAUCCCGCUGUUUGUCAUACGUCCUGGAAAGUUUGGAAAUGCCUGUCGGCGUGUGGUACGUGGCAAACGCGAUGCCGUCUGUCACCCUGGAGUCAGCAUUCAAAAUGGCACGACGUAUCCACGAGUCUCUGAAGUCCCUAGCGGUCCACGCCAUGUUUGCUGGAGGUGGCAGCAACAACAAUGCCCGGGAAGACUUCUUCAAGUCCCUUAACCAAGUGCCUUUCCUUUCGGGGAACGCGAACAUCUCGAGAAAACUGGAGGAGUUCUACAGGACGUUCCCAGAAGGCAGCGGCAAGUUCCUCGGAGACUGGCUUCAAUCGUCCCGGCACACUGCUUCUCUGAAAGCGCGAAAGGCGUGGCAUAACUUGGACUUCAUGAAUUCGGCGAUUGCAUUCUUCAUCAAUAGCAACGUGUGGAUCUUACCGUCUCUCGUGCAGGCCCCUCUAUUCUCACCGAAUAGCAUCAGUGCCAUAAAUUUCGCGGGUUUAGGGCACAUCAUCGGACAACAGACAAUACUGAUGAUGAGCCAAUUCUUACCUCGUGAUGAAGGGCGUACCGUGUCAUCCGCACUCGAAGAAAAGCUGCGCUGUCUUGGACAGCUACAGAACGUUCAAGGCGCAGACGGUCGACGGUGGACACGAAACGUUACCAUCGAAGACCUCGCCGAUGUCAUCGGUCUUCAGGCGGCGUACUCGAGUUUCCCACGCGAAGGCAGACAUCUGGAUAACGACAACUCACGUUCUGAAGAGAAGCUAUUUUUUAUGGCUUCCUGCUUCAAAUUUUGCGAAGCCAAGAGCGAACGAAACGUAGCUGGUCCGGGGACUCCCAAGGCGCGCUGCAAUGUGCCGCUAAUGAACAUGGCGGCUUUUGCUCACAAGUUCCACUGCGGCACUUCGUCAAGCAUGAACCCUGUGAAAAAAUGCGCUUUUUUGUAG